GGUUCCCCUAGCCGAGAGUGGGAGAGCCCGGCUGGCUGAAACCCGAGCUCUGUUUCAGCUGGAGCUUGGGGAGGUCCCGCAAGAGCAGAGCCGGCUGCCCUGUUCUCGCCUAGGCAUCCCUCCAGUCACUCGGCACCAGCGCAGCAGCGGGAACGAUGGAGCUGGACCGAUGGGCGCAGUUGGGGCUCGCGUUCCUGCAGCUCCUUCUCAUCUCAUCAUUGCCAAGAGAAUACACAGUUAUUAAUGAAGCCUGCCCUGGAGCUGAGUGGAACAUCAUGUGUCGAGAGUGUUGUGAAUAUGAUCAAAUUGAGUGCAUCUGUCCAGGGAAGAAGGAAGUGGUGGGUUACACCAUCCCAUGCUGCAGGAAUGAGGAUAACGAAUGUGACUCCUGUCUAAUUCACCCAGGUUGUACCAUCUUUGAAAACUGCAAGAGCUGCCGGAAUGGCUCGUGGGGUGGAACUCUGGAUGACUUCUAUGUGAAGGGAUUCUACUGCGCAGAGUGCAGGGCAGGCUGGUACGGAGGAGACUGUAUGCGAUGUGGCCAGGUUCUUCGAGCUUCAAAGGGUCAGAUCUUGUUGGAGAGCUAUCCCUUAAAUGCUCACUGUGAAUGGACCAUUCAUGCCAGACCUGGGUUUAUCAUCCAGCUGAGGUUUGGCAUGUUGAGCCUGGAGUUUGACUACAUGUGCCAAUAUGACUAUGUGGAGGUCCGAGAUGGGGAUAACAGUGACAGUCCUAUUAUCAAGCGUUUCUGUGGCAACGAGAGGCCAGCUCCCAUCAGGAGUACUGGCUCUUCACUCCAUGUCCUUUUCCAUUCUGAUGGCUCCAAGAACUUCGAUGGCUUCCAUGCUGUCUUUGAGGAGAUCACAGCGUGUUCCUCAUCCCCUUGUUUCCAUGAUGGCACAUGCCUCCUUGACACAACUGGGUCUUUCAAGUGUGCCUGCCUGGCUGGCUACACUGGGCAGCGCUGUGAAAACCUCCUUGAAGAAAGAAACUGCUCAGACCUUGGAGGCCCAGUCAAUGGGUACAAGAAAAUCACAGGAGGUCCUGGACUUCUCAAUGAGCGCCAUGUAAAAAUUGGCACAGUUGUGUCUUUCUUUUGUAAUGGCUCAUACGUUCUGAGUGGCAAUGAGAAAAGAACUUGCCAGCAGAAUGGAGAAUGGUCAGGAAAACAACCUGUCUGCAUGAAAGCCUGCCGGGAACCGAAGAUCUCAGAUCUGGUGAGAAGGAGAGUCCUUUCGAUGCAGGUUCAGUCAAGGGAGACACCAUUACACCAGCUUUAUUCCACAGCUUUCAGCAAGCAGAAACUGCAGGAUGCCUCUACCAAAAAGCCAGCCCUUCCAUUUGGAGAUCUGCCCCCUGGAUACCAACAUUUGCACACCCAGGUCCAGUAUGAGUGCAUCUCACCCUUCUACCGUCGCCUGGGAAGCAGCAGGAGGACAUGCCUGAGAACUGGGAAGUGGAGUGGGCGGGCCCCAUCCUGUAUCCCAAUCUGUGGAAAAAUCGAGAGCACUGCUUCUCCAAAGACCCAAGGGACCCGCUGGCCGUGGCAAGCAGCCAUCUACCGGAGAACCAGUGGUGUACAUGAUGGUGGUCUACACAAAGGUGCAUGGUUCUUGGUCUGCAGUGGUGCCUUGGUAAAUGAGCGGACUGUGGUUGUGGCUGCCCACUGUGUGACUGAGCUGGGGAAGGUCACCAUCAUCAAGACAGCAGACCUCAAGGUUGUCUUGGGAAAAUUCUACAGGGAUGAUGAUCGGGAUGAGAAGACCAUCCAGAAUUUACGGAUUUCUGCUAUCAUUCUGCACCCCAACUAUGACCCUAUCCUGCUUGACACUGACAUCGCUGUUCUGAAGCUCCUAGACAAGGCCCGCAUCAGUACCCGUGUCCAACCCAUCUGCCUGGCUGCCACUCGGGACCUCAGCACCUCUUUUCAGGAAUCCCACAUCACGGUGGCCGGCUGGAACAUCCUGGCAGAUGUGAGGAGCCCUGGCUUUAAGAAUGAUACUCUACAUUAUGGAAUGGUCAGGGUGGUAGACUCAAUGCUUUGUGAGGAACAGCAUGAAGACCAUGGUAUUCCAGUUAGUGUCACUGACAACAUGUUCUGUGCCAGCAAAGAUCCCAGUACCCCUUCUGACAUCUGCACUGCAGAGACAGGGGGCAUUGCUGCUUUGUCCUUCCCAGGUCGAGCAUCCCCUGAGCCACGUUGGCAUUUGGUGGGGCUGGUCAGCUGGAGCUAUGACAAGACAUGUAGCAAUGGUCUAUCCACAGCCUUCACAAAGGUACUGCCUUUCAAAGACUGGAUUGAGAGAAACAUGAAAUGAAGCAGCCACAAGGCCACUGAGAAGCUUUUUCCUAGCAUCCAUCUGUACAUAUGGUGUAAGGAACAGUGUGGGCCUGAAGUGUAAUUUUGCCCAUGAUCUUGGCUACUAAAAGGCUUCUGGUUUCAGGGACUUAUCUCAAUAGAGGGUGAAUAGAGUUUACUUUCUGUCAGGGGACUGUCUUCCUGACUGUUUGGGAAUCUUCUAAAAGAUGCAAGAACUGUAUUUCUUCAAAGAAGACCGUGUAACUAGAAGGAGAACCUCAUGCUCCUUCACUCAGAGUGAUGUGACUGUCAAUCAAUUUGGGUUGAGAAGGUUGACUUGGAGAGGCCUGGGCUGCACCUGACUUCAGUCAAAGUUCCAAAGAACAUCUUGCAUGACAGCCCAGGGCAAAGGAGCUUGGGUGUGGCACAUGCCCCCAUGUACAUUGUCACAAGGUUUUCUGAUCCUUUUCCUUUCCAAUCUUCUGUACACAUUUCAAUAAAACAAGGUCUGACUCCUGACCUACAGAACAAA